CCUUAGUUAAGAAUCCCCUUCUUGUACUCCCUACCUACCCAAUACUAUUUUAUACCUUCACAGUGGAUAUACUCUAGUCGCCUAAUUUAUGGAUAAGUGAUGAGUCCAUAGACCUCUCUUCUCAUAGAAAUAUAAGGAAUAAAUUGCACCCUCAAAAGUGACCGCAAUGCUCGAAAUUCGAUGCAAUGGGACGCCUCGCGAGAUCGGGGUUACACAUGGCAAGGCAGCCAAGGAGAAAAUAGAGCGUUCUAUCCAAUUUUAUGGACAGCUAUUCCGAGAGUCUUGUUCGAUGAGCUGGGCAGAGGUCCUUCGAGAAGCGUCAACAUACGUCGAACCCUUGAAGAGAAUAGCACCUCGUUAUAUCGCCGAGAUCGAAGGGAUUGCCGACGGGGCGAAUCUACCGUUCCUAGAUAUUCUGGCAUUGAAUGUGCGGUCCGAGAUUACCUUUGGUCUCUUCACGGACAAAUCUAGGGGCCUGGCUGAUGUCCCUAGCGACGGAUGCACGAGCUUAGGAUGGCUAACUGGGUCGAAAUCGUUUCUCUGCCAGAACUGGGACUGGAGGGUCGAACAGGGAGAAAACCUCGUAGUAUGCUACAUAUCACAACCGGGUACGGACAUCCCGGAUAUUGCCAUGGUUACAGAGGCUGGCAUUAUCGGGAAAAUUGGAUUCAAUUCGAAAGGUGUGGGCUGCUGCUUAAACGCCAUCCGAUGUCGUGGUCUUGAUCGGACCAAAUUGCCAAUUCACUUCGCACUAAGAACCAUAUUAGAAUCGAGGUCCCGCGAGGAAGCCGUAGAUUUGACCAAAUCUUUCGGGGUUGCUGGAGGAGGCCACAUCUUGGUAGGUGAUCCGACUGGAUCGACUGGCCUCGAGUGUACGAGCCUCUGGGUAAAAGAGUUGCAUAUGGAUGAAGAAGGCCGUGUUUGUCAUACAAAUCACCUCCUUCUCGACAAGCCCGACAUAGACGAGCCCCCUUGGUUGGCGGACUCGUCUACUAGGUUAGAGCGAAUCCGAGAGCUCACGUCCAGCCUCUCGCAGCCUACACCGGACACGAUAUUUGACCUCUUCAAAGAUAGUCAGGGACACCCGGCGUCUAUCAACAGGAAACAAGAAGGCGAUAAUAAGCCCGAGACGCUAUUCAAUAUCAUCAUGGACCUGACAGACAGGAAUGCUCAGGUAACUUUUGGCAGGCCAACAGAAUAUAGCGAGCGGGUGGUCUUGAAGCUUCGUAAAGAUUAAAUCGAAGAUGUAUGAGGAAGACGAAUAGAAAGACGGAUAGAAAGAUGGAUAGAAGGAUGGAUAAGUACAUAAGCUUGGGAAUGUACAUAUCCAGCACCUGGAUAAAUCAUGUAACCCACCUUAGCGUCCCGCGUACCUGGUAACCGGAGCUAAACUCCUUACGUACAAUGCACUUACGCGCAUAUGCGUGUAAAUGUAGUGGCUACGUCAAUAGGCAAGGAUCUGAUACUGAUGCUCGUGUGCUUAUCUUUCUCUUAAUUUAUUACA